AUGGGUCGAAGAGCUGCUAAGCAUCAAAACCUUUGCAGAUCAUUUAAAGCCAUGAAAAAAUCUAUGUACCCAAUGCUGUAUGAGGGAGGGAUGCUGUCUGUUUUAGAAGCUUAUGGUUAUCCCAUCUUAUAUUCUGUAAUCAUAAAGAUACAGGACAAUGGGUCAAGUGUCAACAAGAUACCAACAAAUAAUAUAGAUGCCCAAGAAGAUAUCAACAUCAGUGAGGCAAAAGAAAAGAAUGGGGAGCAAGAGCUUAAGUUAAAGAAAAUGAAGAAAAAACGAAGACUGUCUGAAGAUUCAACUAUUAAAGUUCACAUUCAGGAAAAUCAAAAUAGGAAGAUCAGGGAAGCAAAAGACAAGAAUGUAGAGCAAGAGGAUAAGUCCUUGAAAAAAAUGAAGAAGAAACACCGACUUUCUCAAGGUACAACUGUGACAGCACAUCAGUGUCUACUUACUGCUGAAGCAAGUACCUUCAUCAGGGUUCCCAAAGAUCAUAUCUUAGAAGGGUCGAAGACGUCCAUUAUUUUGAAGCCAUCAAAUAGAAAAGAAGAAAGAAAUAAUUUGAAGAUAGUCAAGAAGGAAGAUGAAUCUGUUGGAAAAGGGCAAGUCAUGAUGGUUCAGAAGAAAAUAACGCACUAUUUGUCUGAUAGCAGAUAA